AUGGCGGAUUAUGCCCGAUUGCUUAGUGGACCGAAAGGUACUCCGGUAAGGUUCAUUGAUCGUCACCCCAUGAGAGUUUUCAAAUGGUCCCCGGAUUUUGAUGCAUAUUGCGAGUCCCUGGUCGCGGCAAUUUGGUGCAAUCUUAUCGGCCUCCCUAUUCACCUAUUCGACCAUGCUGCCCUAUUUGCCAUUGGCAAACUUCUCGGAAACCCUAUACAAGUGGAUCGUGCGAUGGCCAACAAGUCAAGACUCUCUUUUGCUCGUAUUAGCGUUGAGAUUGACAUCACAAAGCCUCCACCCGAGGAAAUUAUUUGUGGCCGUGAGACGAUACAACAAGUAAAGUGGGAUAAGAUCCCAGCCUAUUGCAUGGAAUGUAGGCAUGUCGGCCAUAGAAGUGAGGUUUGCUAUGCGGCGGGCAAGGCGGAGCGACCCCUGAAGAGGAACUACAACAACGUUACGCCGAAACAACAACACCAUGUGGGCCAUGGAUCGCAAGGGGAAACCGUAAUAACGAAUCAUAAGGACCGGACACAUCAAGGGAAAGCUAAGGAAAUGGAGGAACAACUGAGUAGGAUCCCGAAUAAAAGUGUCCCCUUGAACCGGGAGUGGUCGGGGCCGGACAUCAUGGGCGAGUUGCAAGAUGGGAGUGGCACGGCGCCCGUCUCCCGAGCCGGGGAUGAGGGACGAGGUGGCCGAGGGGGCUUCAAUCUUAGUAGAGGCUCGGCAUUUAGAUCCUUUUCCCAGAGGAGGGGGUCGCGGGGGAUCACACAGAGGCUAUGCCGAGGGUCGGAUUUCAUCCGACCCUGA